CGCCAAAACAACACUCUUGAGCACUGCAAGACUUCUACCCAACUGCCUUGCUUUCAACUAAUUUCCUGAGCACAACAGGAGAAGCAAUGAUGAGAAACGAUUCAACGUGGCCAAUCCAGCUUGUCCGAAAUGAUAUAAAAGAGGACGAUACGAUGUCUGGGUCAGUACAACGAAGCAAAGAGCACUGGAAAGGAACCCAUCCUCGAAGCCAACGCUUUGCACCUCCUGGAAGACCUUCACCAUGAGACAGUCACUCAUGUCCGUCAUCUUCGCCGCAGCACUGUUAUUCGAGUGCUAUGCUCUGUCAGUGGCGUUGCCUAUGGGCAAGACUGACGACGGCUCCUUGGAGCAGGAUACUUUGGCCUCGCUGCUGAGCAACGAGGCAUCAGAAAACGGCCUGGGCGACGCAGACCUGGCCACGGCGGGCAAAACCAGAGGGCCGAGGGUAAUCGUCAUCGCCGAUCCAAGCCUGUGGAGGGACGUGCGGGUGCUGCACAGCGGACUGUCCGUCUACAAGCGGAGAGCUGACGACAACGGCCAGAUCAUCGAGCACAGAGACGCCGGCCAGGACCUGAGCAUCCCCAUUCUGAGGAGGGACACGAUGAGGUGCAUGGUGGGACGGGUGUAUCGGCCAUGCUGGGAAGUCUAGGACAGUUUGCUCUGCUCGUCCAGGCGCCAAAACACCGGACGACCACCACAUCCUUUCCUGCCUCACACUGAGUUGCAACAUAAUCCAAAAAUCUAUGUAUCUAUAUUUAAAUUAUUGCAAAUCUGAUAAUAAAAACUACUGAAUUCUGCCUUA